AUGAUGGUGGUGAAGGAAGAAACAAGUAUAGAGGAAGGGCUUUUACAGCUCAAAAACCAAAACGACGAUUCAAGCUGCCGUAUUACUGCCUGUGUUAUCCUUAGCACUUUCGUCGCCGUCUGUGGCUCCUUCUCCUUUGGUGUCGCCAUUGGUUAUACUUCAGGUGCUGAGGUAGGAAUUAUGAAGGACAUGGGUCUAUCUAUCGCACAAUUUUCAGCGUUUGGUUCAUUCUCCACGUUAGGAGCAACCAUUGGUGCGCUGUUCAGUGGUAAAAUGGCGAUAAUCUUAGGAAGAAGAGGGACAAUGUGGGUCUCUGAUAUCCUCUGCAUCACUGGUUGGCUAUCCAUUGCUUUUGCCAAGGAUGUGAUGUGGCUGAACUUUGGAAGAAUCUCGUCAGGGAUAGGAAUCGGCUUGAUUAGCUAUGUGGUACCUGUCUACAUUGCAGAAAUUACACCAAAACAUGUUCGUGGUACAUUUACAUUUUCAAAUCAGGCAAAAGUUGCUACAGAAAAAGAACUAGAGAAUUCACUGCUUCGGCUUAGAGGGAGACGUGCUAAUAUUUCACGUGAAUCCUCAGAGAUUCAAGUUAUGACCAGAAUGAUAGAAAAUGAUUCAAAGUCGAGUUUUUCUGAUCUGUUCCAGAAAAAGUAUAGACACACUCUCGUGGUAGGAGUCGGGCUAAUGUUGAUACAACAAUUCUCAGGAAGUUCGGCUGUAAUGUAUUAUGCAAGUACCAUUUUUAGAAAAGCUGGUAAGAUUAAGAUUCCAAAAGCCAUGAUUGGUUUAAUUCUGGUCGAUAGAUGGGGCAGACGGCCCCUCUUGUUGACGUCUGCGUUUGGGAUGGGCAUAACUUGCAUGCUUCUUGGGAUCGCCUUCGCAUUACAGAAAAUGCAAUUGCUUACGGAACUAACUCCAGUAUUGACGUUUAUAUGCGUCACGCUGUAUAUUGCAGCUUACGCAAUAGGCCUUGGAGGUCUCCCUUGGGUAAUUAUGUCUGAGAUAUUUCCAAUGAAUAUAAAAGUAACAGCAGGGACCUUAGUUACGUUAGCAUCAUGGUCAAGUAGUUCCAUCGUCACUUACGCUUUCAACUUUCUAUUCGAAUGGAGCACUCAAGGAACAUUUUACAUAUUCGGGGCUAUUGGAGGAGCAGCACUGAUUUUUAUUUGGUUGCUCGUUCCGGAAACGAAAGGAUUAUCACUUGAAGAAAUACAAGCUUCUCUUAUUCGUCAGCCCGACGAAAUAAAUUACAUUUGA